AUGCCUCAAAACGAGUAUAUUGAGCAACACAUCAAGCAGCAUGGUAGGAGAUUUGACCAUGAAGAGAGGCAGAGAAAGAAGAAGGCCAGAGAGGGCCAUCGUGUAGCCAAGGACGCACAGAACUUGAAAGGUUGGAGAGCCAAACAAUUUGCCAAGAAGAGAUACAGUGAGAAGGUUUCCAUGAAGAAGAAGAUCAAGGCGCAUCAAGAAAGCAAGGUUAAGGGACCUUCCACACCUAAAGAAGAUGAAGGCGAGGCUUUACCUACGUAUCUUUUGGAUCGUCAAACCAACAACACAGCCAAGGCUUUGUCAUCUAGUAUAAAGCAAAAGAGAUUGGAGAAAGCUGACAAGUUUUCAGUCCCAUUGCCCAAGGUUAGAGGUAUUUCUGAGGAAGAAAUGUUCAAAGUUAUCAAGACUGGAAAGAAGAAGAGCAAGAGUUGGAAGAGAAUGAUUACAAAGCAUACUUUUGUCGGUGAAGGGUUCACGAGAAGACCAGUAAAGAUGGAAAGAAUCAUCCGUCCUUCAGCCUUGAGACAAAAGAAAGCCAAUGUUACCCAUCCAGAAUUGGGCGUCACCGUAUUUUUGCCCAUUUUAGGAGUCAAGAAAAACCCCCAGUCACCGAUGUACACUCAACUCGGUGUUUUGACGAGAGGUACCAUAAUAGAAGUGAAUGUGUCUGAAUUGGGGUUGGUCACUGCUGGUGGUAAAGUGGUUUGGGGUAAGUACGCCCAAAUAACAAAUGAACCGGAUAGAGAUGGAUGCGUGAAUGCAGUGUUGUUGGUAUGA